AUGUCAUUUUUUGGAGAUUUUACACAAAUCUGCGAGACGGUUGCUCUCGCCGUAUGCCCGCUCGUUGGACGUGCUGAAGGGGUUGAGCCAGAAUGUUACUCGAGAAACGUUGAAAUCGCUAACACACUAAUUUUCCAACCUGCCACCUUCUGGUGUUUAUUACUAAAUGGGUUCGUCGGUUUUCAAUUUGCUGAAGAUGGCACACCGCUUUCGCUUUGGUUCAUUCGAAUCACUUCAUUUUUAGUUUUCUUAAUUGUCUUUGGCAUUGGUUUUGCUACUUUCCAAAACAUAGCUGGAUUUGAUCCUUUAAAACCUGUUGCACUAUGGAUUGUAUUAUACGUUUUUAAUGGUGCUGCCCUUGCUAUUUAUUUCAUUCUUCAAAUCGUUCUUGUCCUUAAUACCCUCGAUGAUCGCUGGCCACUUGGAGAUAUUUUAUUUGGUAUCUCUUUCUAUAUCAUUGGACAAGUUAUCCUUUAUCUAUUCUCCGUUAAGAUAUGUGAUACUGCUAAACAUUAUAUCGAUGGCCUAUUCUUUGGAACUAUUUGCACUCUUUUAGGUGUGAUGAUGGUUUAUAAAUAUUGGGAUUCUAUUACCAAAGAAGAUCUUGAAUUUUCUGUUGGAAGCAAACAAAAUGUGUGGGAAGUGAAAGAAUUACUUGAAGAUGAUCAGGGAUAUGCAAAUUAUAAUAAUAACUAUCCUCCUCCUCCUCCUUUACCACAAAAUGGAUUUACUGGUUAUUCUCAACAACAACCACAAGGUGGUUAUAAUAAUGCUUAUCCCCCUCAACAACCAUAUGGAUAUUAA